AUGCGGAUAAGCCAAACUCUAGCAGCUGGAAUUCUCCAGAGGGCUGGAGAGGCGGAUGAGCCGCCCUCCUCCGCUAGCUCUGCCUCCAACGGCAACACCGGCCUUCACCGCCUUCUUAUGUCCUGCGCCACCGACUACGCCGAUGAGGUCGUCCGUGGCCUCAUCUCCACUUUUGAGUCCCCCUCUGCCCCUGUCGAAACCCAGCUCCACACGGCCAUGAUGCUUCACAUCCUAGCCAAGCACAACCCAGAGAAUCGCCUGAAGAUCGCCAGCACCGACACUGUCCGUCCCUUCGUCACCCUCCUUUUCCAUCCGGACCUCCAGCUCCAAGAGCACGGCGUCACCGCGAUCCUCAAACUCUGCCUCUGCGACGAGAAUAAGGACCCCAUCGCCACCGACGGAGCCAUCCACCCCCUCAUCCGUGCCCUCAAGACCGGCACCUCUGCCGCCUGCGAGAACGCCGCCAUCGCCCUUCUCCACCUCUCCGAGGAGGAGGGCCCGCAUGGGAAGAAGGACGCCUUGACGGCAACCUACCCGCUGCGCUCCACCCCGGUUCACUUUGCCUCGUUAAGUUCCGGGGGUAAUUUAGUCAUUUUAAAAAUUUGGAAUUUUUAUGCUCCAAGGGCGUAG